AGAUUCGUAGGUUUUGCUUCGUCUUGGAAACCCCAGCACUGAACUUCCUCUCUUUGCUUGUGCAUAAAAAGCUGCCGAAGCUCAGAGCUGCCUGAUAUACACUUCCACACCCUGACUCAAUUCAGUCUCCGCUCUGCUUCCACCAUGACCACUGUCUCUCUACCGGUGAAUUCUUCAGACCUUGAAAGCCAGAAAGAUUCAUUGAGGAGGUGCCGGUGUCUAGACCACUGCCUGGUCAUAUCAGUGGUGCUCAUCAUGAUGACUUUAGGAUCCUUUGGUGUCUUUUACAUCAGCUGGAAGAGACCAAUAGCAGAUAACAGAAAUGUAAAGACAAGCCAAGCCCAUCUUGUGCCAACCAAUACUGCUCUGGAGACCAACACGUGGACUUGGUUUGCUGACGGUGUGGACACUGUGCAUGUGGGACAACAUUUUGCUGUUUCAAGUGAUAAUACAGAGAUUGUAAUACACAGGACGAGCCUCUACUAUAUCUACUCCCAGAUAUCUGUGAUAUGCCGUAUCACAAACGGGUGUGAGAAGGAUACCACCACUUCUCUGAACGUUAUAAAGAAUGGAGAUGAAAGUAGCCCCAUCCUGACUCUCAACAUGACGCUGGAGAACACUCACAAAUCACAAAAGUUUUCUGGGACCACACAGUUGCUCUUCAAAGGAGAAAGGCUCAGCACCAAACUCUGGACUGACAACAACGACGUGUCCUGGGAACUUAGCGAUAAGAACGACAACUAUUUAGGACUCUUCUUGGUAACCGAUACUAAUGAUAUCCACAUAUCCAGUGAGUAAAAUCUAAUAGAGAUCUGCCCUUGAACAAUGGACUUUAUCUCCAUGCAAACAGCACUACAGGACCAAUUCUACAUCUUUAUAUACAUUAUUAUGUUCUACUACAAAUGGGAUGAAGGAUUCUCAGGCAACGUGUAUUGGGAUAACAGGUUCUCAGCCAAUAUGAAUUCAGAUCAAGGGAUCUUGACGUGAGUUUGGUUGAGGGGGUUUCAGCCAACAUGAACUGAUAUUAUUGGUUUUGGGUUGACCAGUUCUCACCACUUUGUGCUCUAAAGUUGGUCAUACCCUGCUUGUCUUUGUAACUCUAGUCUUUUAUCACUGUGUGAUAUUAGUAAUACACCUGCUGGCAGAGGUUUUCUCUAGUAUCUAGAAUAGAAACCUCAUAGAAUAAAAAAAAGUUCUCUGCCUGUGGGUUGGAACCAUGGGGGGGGGGCAUUGUACUCUUUGGUUAAAUUAAAAAUAAGGCUGAUGUGGGAUAAUCUGGAAUUCUCUAAAAAGUAUUGUCUUUGUUAUCCCCUCCUCCCCUGUCUGUCUGUUCCUUGUAGAUUCAUUCUGUAUAUUUCACUGUCUCCAAUGAACCCUCCUCCUCUAUCUAUUCCACUCCGUCCUUUACAACCCUUUAUAUUACUCUUUAUAGGUCUUCUAUUAGAUCCCCCUUCAUUUCUAUUAAAGUCAUUUAAUUUCCUUUUUCACUUGGUGUUGGUUUCUCUGUCUUUCCCUUUACCUCCCCAUUUUUUCAUACAAUAACUCUCCCUUUUUCUUAUAAAGUCCUCUCAUCUCAUUUCUUCUCUUUGCUCCCCUUUCCAAUCCCCUUUUAACCUUUCUCUGCCGUUUAGAGGAGUAAUUCUGCAUCUAUGUGUGCAAUGCACAUCUAUAUAUUUUGUAGUUCUUGUUAUAUUUACUAUUUAUUUUGUUGGGUUGUAUUUAUUAAAUGAAGCUCUGCCAUAUUAUAUUUAUUUAUUACAUAUGUAUUAAAUUAUUAACAUUUA